UGCAAAGACAAUUAAUUAUUUCGUAUUUUUAAGAUUGGUAUACUUGCAUUUAAUUAUGUUCGUAUUAAUUUUUUAUAAAUUUUGAUGCGUAACAGUCAACCGGAAGAAAGACUGUACUGAUUCAAUAUGGUGGAACAUUUUUGAUACGCGCACUGUUUUCUAUUUUGUUUUAAAAAAAGUGCAAUACAUUGAUAGAGCUAUCGAUAAGAAAGUAAAAAUUUAAUGAUUGUAUAUAAAUAAGCUACAUUAUGACUUUACAUAAAUUAAAGCAAUUGACACGCGCUUCAUAACAGUUUACAUUUUUACUUGAAAUGGAUUAUCAGUGCAUCGAUGAUUACACAUUUUGUGAUAGUCACACUAAAAUUGCUGUGCACUAUUAUAAUAUUGUGACAAGUUCACAGAUACAUCAAUGAUAUUUAUGACAACAUUAUAAUUAUUAUGUACUUUGAAGUGGAAUCUCUUCAGAAAUAUCCAGCCUCAAGCAUGAAUAAAUCAGUGGAAGAUUUGUUAAUAUCUAGUCGCGAAGUAAUGAGUAACAUAAAUUCAGCUGGAUUGGAGACUCAAAAUUCAGCAACAAAUAUGGGAAAUGGUGUAUCAGAUAACAUUCAAGAAGCGCUUACUGGAACGUGCGGAGAACGAUGUAGCCCAGUUUCAAGUACAAAUCUGUCUCCACGCCCUAGUCCCAAAGCACGUAGUAAACGAGAUCAUUCUAAAACAAAUUCCGAUUCAAUUACUAAAGAAUCCAACAACGUAACCAAAUCCGAUGAGCAUCAAUUAAACGAUGCAGCGAAUAAAUCAUCAGAUUCUUCGCAAGUGGUAAAAAUUUCACACGAUAGCAAAAAGGAAACGCGUGGUAGCGAGCGAAGUAAAAAAAAGUCAUCUUGGUAUAAUGUUUUGUAUCCAACCUAUAAAUCAAGAUCCGAAGAUUUUAAGCGAAUAUUCAAAGAUGUGCCAGAUGAUGAAAGAUUAGUUGUUGAUUAUUCGUGCGCACUACAACGUGAGAUAUUAGUUCAUGGAAGGCUUUAUGUUUCUCAAAAUUAUGUAUGCUUUUAUGCAAAUAUCUUCAGUUGGGAAACUUUAGUAUCGCUGCGUUGGAAGGAUGUUACAUCUAUUACCAAAGAGAAAACUGCCCUUGUUAUUCCUAAUGCAAUUUUAGUAAGCACUGCCACCGAUAAGUUUUUUCUGACAUCGUUUGGAGCAAGGGACAAAACAUACGUAAUGCUAUUUCGCGUUUGGCAAACUGCUCUUAUUGGUGAGCCAAUGAAUGCAACUGAAAUGUGGCAACUUGUUCAUUCCUGUUAUGGAGAUGAAUUGGGUUUAACAUCGGACGAUGAAGAUUAUGUUCCACCGUUACCACCGCCCGAUGAGGAAAAAUUACCAACAAGAUUGUCCGUAGAAUCGUGCUCAGAGGUAGAAAAUAGCAAUGUGGAAAACUCAGCAACCGAGAUUGGGGAUGGAAUUAUCGAAUCGAAAACAGAAAUUCAACAUCGAUCUCGACCAGUUCCUAUCCCCGAUGCGACUGAUCAAAGCGACACGACAGAAAGCGAAGCGGAAAAACAUGGGUUGAAACCCAGUAUUAGAGGCAGUGUAAUGUGUACAGCAUCACACGAAGGUCGACAAAUUAGCAAGGCUUCGUUUCCCAUUCACAUUGAUCACUUAUUCACCUUGUUGUUUACGAAUUCAAAGUUCUUCUUAGAUUUUCAAAAUGCCCGCAAAACUACUAAUUUAGUACAGUCGGCAUGGAUGUACAAUGAGCAGACAAGUCAGAAAGUUAGGAAUUUAUCGUUUACAGUAUCGCUAUCUCAAGCUAUUGGACCAAGAACCUCUAACAUUACAGAAACACAGGUAAUGCUACCGUGUAGCAGACCAGGUCAUUUAUAUAGUAUCGAUGUAGAGAAUAUAAAUGCUGGAAUACCGUAUGCGGACACAUUUUAUGUGUUACUUCAUUAUUGUCUAACCAGUAUUUCCGAAAACGAAACAAGUAUCACAAUUAAUGCUCAAGUAAAUUACAGAAAGAAUGUAUGGGCCUUUGUAAAAGGCAUUAUUGAGAAAAAUUGUUGGGCUGGAAUGGAAGAAUAUUUUACGAGUUUAAUAAAAGCAUUAACUGUAGAAUGUGAAGAGAAUACCAGUAGUGGAGGACUAAAAAGAAAAACAAGAAGAAGACGACGUGUUACAGCGUCUGGUAUCGCUCUGCAAACUCAUUCUUCAGAUCAUACGUCUCCCAAUUUACAAAAUUCCUUGAAUUUACCACGCAUUAAUGAUAAUAAUGUAUCUGGUGUUCGAGGGGAUGGUAAUAUGAUAGUUAGUUCAAUGCUGUUGAUUGCUGUAUUAUGUCUGAUGGUAAUUAAUGGCCUAUUAUACUAUAAAUUGUGGGGUUUGGAAGAAGCUGCAGCUCAUACAAUCAUGGACUUACAUGUGUUGAAAAAUACCCCAAAGACUGAUGAAGAUUGGAUUCAUUUAUUACAACAACAAGAAAGUUUGCAUAACGUAGAAACGAGGAAAUGGCAAAGAGUGCUGCAUACAGCGGUACAAUUACUUAGACAAACAGAGGAGUCGUUAACAGAGUUACAAAUGAGUAUUCACCCUGCAACGGAAAAAAUGUUUUCGGUCUUAAAGCCAAGUAUAAAAAAUUUUAAUUCGCAUACGGAACAGCGAAGUCAUUCAGAAAUAUAAAAAAAAGCGUAAAAUAUUUCGAUAAAAUAAGCAUUGUAAUACGAUAUGCGAUUAAAAAGCAUAAUUAUAGUAAAUUUUAAGUUUACUUGAAAAUAGAAGUAUCGUUAAUAAUCGUUGUACUUGCUCAUAAUUUAUAAAUUAGGCACAGAAAUGCGCUGUGAUGCUGAUUCUUUAAACUCCAAGUGCGCAACAAUACGCAUGUGACAUAUUUAUGUCUUAUAGAAAAUGUAAUUUAAACAUACUUAUUUCUAUUAUUUUGAAUAUUCACAAUAUAUUAUUACGUAUACCCAGCAACAAAACUAUAAGACGCUUAAUUUUAUUUCGUUAAAACGUAGGUCAGUUUAUCGCAAGAUAAAAGGUGCGACAUAACUAUAAAAAUUCAUCGACUAACAACUUUUCAUUAUUUGUGAUAUAUAACUUUUACAACAUUUAUUAAUAAUGCGUAACGCUACUUUCAUUUCUAACGAUUUUAGUCAUCGUGCUUAUAGGUAAAUAGAUAUACGUAAGAAAUACUUAGAAUAGAUAAGAAAUUCUUUCCUGGAAUAGUUUUCCAUAGUCUUAACUAUGUCUUGUAGCUUUGUUGCGGUGUGUAUGUUUCCCUUCUUAUGAAGUAUUAAAUUUAUGAAAUCUUUCAUAAUGAUCUUAUAUUUGUAAUGUAUACAUGCAUAAGUACAUGCAUAGGUGAUAUAUAUGUGUAUAGGUGAUGUAUAUUAGUACAUUGUA